AUGUUGAAAGAUUCGAAAUUUUCAUCACAUCUUCUUCAUUUAUCGCAAUUACAAACUAUUAAUCAUAAAACUUUGGAUGAAUAUCGAGAUCGUCUAAAAACUUAUGAAGAUUAUCUUUGGUUUGGUAAACCUGAUCAAAUAUCAGCUAUUGAAUGUUCCCGACGUGGUUGGGCAUGUAAAUCAAAUGAUUUGAUUGAAUGUGUCAAUUGCCAUGCACAAAUAGCCGCUCAAUUGCCUAGUGUUCUUAAAAAGGAUCUAUAUACGGAAUGUAUAGAAAAUAUUUUCCGAUCUCUGGUUGAUUCUCAUCAUCGAUAUUGUGUAUGGAAAUUUAUGAUUAUACCUGAGUCAAUAGUACAACUUACAGAUAUUUUUUCAAAUGAAACAGUAAAUACAUUAUUAAAAGAAGCAGAAAUUUUUUUAUCACGCAUUCAUCGAAUUACUAUUGUUGGUCAAUUACAAACAAUGUUUCAAAUUGAAGCAACAGAUUUCGAUCUUUUAUCUAGUUCACAUUUAAAUGAUCCACAUUUAUUAUCUGCUUUUAAAAUUCUUGUUUUCUAUUGGAAAUUUAAUAAUUCAUCAUUAAUGUGUGAUAAAUGUUGUCGAGAAAUUCAUAUUGAUAUGAAUCAUCUUACAUUUGAUCCUAUUUUAUCGCAUCGUGCUUGGUGUCCCAUUUUAAAAAAUGAUCAAUGGAAAAAACGUAUUGAGCAAAUUGAAAAUAUUCUUUAUAAAACAUCACGAAAUAAACUCAGCAACAUAAAAGCAAAUAAUGACCAAAUGGAACAGAUUCUUCCUGACAUAAUAUCAACACAAAAUCUUUUUCAUGAAUUAAUAUCAAGUAAAGAAUAUUAUCGGUCAUGCGUACAAAGUACAUUUGUUGACAAUACAGCAACAUCAGAUAUGGAUCGCGAAAAUAAUAAAUCAAUGUCAUCAUAA